AGCAAGGGUUGUCCGACCGUUAAGGUGAUGGUGGAGGUGGAGGUGGUGGUGGGCGCAACUGGUGAUCGCGAGCGAAAACGGAGCGCCUUCAGUUAGGUACGGUACUCUAUCGCCAGACCGAUGGGACGAAAGGCUCGCACUCGCGUCAUAGUUUCGGGCUACGAUGGGACUCUGGCCGUUGAGCGGGGGCUUUCUCUGCUCAGCCAUGUAGGUGAGGAUGUAGGUGGUAUUCGCUCGCGAUCGACUAGAGUAACCAUUAGAGUACUGUUCUACGGUACACCACACACACCCACUCUCACCUACCCAAGUACCCACCGACAUACCGUACAUACAUCACACUGACUUACAUACCCACCACUCUACUUUUCUACUCAUAUCCCAGUACUGCCUGCUUGCUUGCUUGCCUGUCUGCUUGCCUGCCGGCCUGCCUCUACCGAUGCGCCCACCCCUUCUUCGAUUCCUUCUCGUUCCUGUACUGUACAUACGGGCGUACACUCCCACCCAGUUUCCCACAGUCCCACAGUCCCACUCUGGGCUCUAUUUCCGUCCUCCAGUAUCGGUGUAUUAUUCCCCUCAAACCACGAAUCGGCCCUCUGCCUCCGCAGCAGCGCUUCUGCCCUCGCUCGAUUUCUCCACUACAGCAGUAGUAGCCGUAGCAAAAGCAGCAGCAGCAGCAGCAGUACGGCGGGGCGCCUCGAUUGCCGCAGUCAUCUAGAUCUUUCUUUUGUGGCCGACUGACUGACUGAC